GCACCACCAUGACAUCCGCUGGGCAGAGCUUCGGCUGGACGGCUCAACUCUUUAGCUCCAGCAGUACCCUGGACGUCCUGGUGAUAGUUUUGUACUUCGUGUUGGUUCUGGGCAUUGCGCUGUGGCCCCUGAGAUCCCCAGGAGCCACGUGUCCCUCCUCCCCUUUCUCAGUGCUUACAGAGACAUACCCCUGAAAGGGAAGUGGGAACCCACUCUAGUAUUGUCUGGAGACAAUACUGGACAGAGGAGCCUGGCGGGCUGCAGUCCAUGGUGUCACAAAGAGCUGGAUGUGACUUAGCGACUAAACAACAACACAGACACACAGGUUAUCGUGUCAAGCAGUCGUGCGACAGUAGAAGACUUCUUCCUGGCUGGACGAAACCUAGUGUGGUGGCAGGUGCUUUUCUUUUUGCCUCAAAUAUUGGCACUGGCCACUUUAUGGGUCUGGCUGGAAAAGGGGCGUCUUCAGGGAUUGCUGUUGGGGCCUUCGAGUGGAACGCUGCGUUUAUCCUCUGUGUUCUUGGUUGGGUGUUUUCUCCUAUUUACAUUAAGUCUGGGGUAGUGACGCUGCCCAGAUACUUGAGGAAGAGGUUUGGUGGCUACCGGAUCCAGUUCCUCCUGGCUAUUUUGUACUUACUCAUCUAUAUCUUCAGUAAGAUCUCGGUGGAGAUCUGCACGGGCGCCGUGUUUAUGAGGUUGGUUCUGGGGCUGGAUGUUUACCUGGCCACCGUGAUCUUGCUGUCUGUUACUGGCAUAUAUUCCAUCACAGGUGGUUUUGCAGCCGUGGUUUACACAGAUAUCUUACACGCUAGCUUCGUGGUUCUGGGCUCUGUCUUGUUAAUGGGCUAUGCCUUUCACGAGAUAGGCGGAUACCAGGAGCUGCAGAGCAGGUACCCGGAGGCCAAGCCAACCCUCACCUGGGAAGGGAACUGGACUGCCCCGAUGGAGUGCCUCACGCCACGCGUGGACGCCUUCCAUAUCUUCCGAGACCCCGUCACUGGAGACAUCCCCUGGCCUGGGAUCGUCUUUGGCCUCUCCACCAUCUCCUUGUACUACUGGUGCGCCGACCAGAUUUUUGUCCAGGGCUGCCUGGCAGGGAAGAGCUUGUCCCACGUGAAAGGCGGCUGCGUCCUGUGCGGGUUCCUGAAGCUGUUGCCCAUGUUCAGCAUCGUCAUGCCGGGAAUGAUCAGCCGCGUCCUGUACACAGAUAAGGUGGCGUGUGUUGUGCCUUCGGAGUGUAAGAAGUACUGUGGCAUCCGCACCAGUUGCACCGCCAUCGCCUACCCCCUGCUGGUGGCAGAGCUGCUGCCCAGCGGCGUUCGAGGCUUGGUGGUGUCUGCCCUCUGGGCCUCUCUCAUGUCCUCCCUGACUGCUGUUUACAGUAGCGCCAGUGCCGUGUUCACCAUGGACAUCUACCCCCGUAUCCGGCCGACGGCCACUAAAAAGGAACUCAUGAUAACAGGAAGGUUUUUCGUCAUCGUCCUACUUGCUGUCUCCAUUGCCUGGGUCCCUGCCCUGCAAGUGGCCCACAGGGAGCUGCUCUUUGAACACAUGCAGACGGUUCUGAGCUACCUGACGCCCCCCGUGGCUGCCCUGUUCCUGCUGGCCGUAUUCUGCAAGAGGGUCACUGAGCAGGGUGCCUUCUGGGGGCUGGCCAGCGGCCUUGUGAUCGGCUCCUGUCGCAUGGUGUCCGAGUUUGCCUACGGGCCCUGGACCUGCUCCGUGAACAGGAAGUGCCCCCGGAUCAUCUGCGGCGUGCACUACCUCUACUUCGCCAUGAUCCUCUUCGCCAUCAGUCUCGUCACCGUCCUGGGCGUCUCCAUGUUCACCGUGCCGAUUCCAGACAAACACCUCCACCGCCUCUGUUGGAGUUUGCGGAACAGCCGGGAGGAAAGGGUGGACCUGGACGAGGACGCAGAGGUGAAGAUCCCUGAGCCCCAGGCACAGCCAGACGUGUUCAUAGAGGCCAAGGGCUGCCUCUGGAAGGCCUGGGACGUGUUCUGUGGCCUGGAGUUGCUGCCCAGCCCCAAGCUGGCCCCGGAAGAGGUGGUCGUGCCUGAGACGGAGCAGAAUGACAUGCCUGGAGGGACGGCGCGCAGUGACACGGAGGGGACAGAGGAGAGAGAGGCGCCGCAGAAGCAGCCCUUCUGGAACAAAGCGCUCGGCCUCUGCGGGAUCGUGCUGGUGUCGCUCAUGGUGCUCUUCCACAUCUACUUCUACUAGCGGCCACGCGGUGGGGAGGGAGCCCGCCCCAGGGCGGCCCACGGCCCAGCGGCCCGGGCCACGCCGCUGAGCACUGCCGGCAGGUGGCGAGGGCGGGGAUCGCGGGCGAGCACGUCCGUCCUCCGCUCGCCGAGCCGCUCCCUACAGAUGGCUCCACGGCGCAGGCGCUGGCUUUCACGUUAACUCUGGCUUUUUAUCUCUUGAUAUCUUUGGGAGCCUUGCCUGUGUUUGCUGUCACCGUUUCCUUCCUGUGCCCACCUCCACUGGCAGUGUUUUCUCCUCCCCUGGAAAGGUACGGCUGCUGGCAAAGAUGCCCACCCACGGGCUGAGCCCACUGCCGAAGGUCACACAGGCCAGCGGGCGCCAGGGCUUCCGAGGACAGAGACGCUGGCACCUGCCUGGACGGUGGUGGGCUGAGCUGGUCCCUGCCCGAGGACCGGGCCUCCCUGCAGCUUCUGUCUGGCUGCACCCCUUGGGGACAGACGGAGAGGAAACGUCCCUCCCAGGCUGCCUGCUACUGGGAGUUGAGCCCUGGGCUGGAUCCCCUCAGCAGUCAGGUAGAGGCCACUCUUGGGCUGUGUCUCUGCAGGGGCGCCCUCAGCCACCUCUUCCUCUUUCUUCCUCUCAGACCAGAAUAAAUGAUUCGAGUCUUUAGAAAAAGUCUCAGAUACGUCAACGGGAUUUGGGGGAGGCCCACCAGCAUUGCAAAAAUCACCCUCUGAAGGUGCGGUCAGAACCGGCCCGUCUUCCCCCCGUUGAGGCCUUCAGCCGACAUGUCUGAGUCCUGCUGUGUGGCGGGACUGCUGGAAAACCACCGUGGACGGAACUCACGGUCUCGGGAAGCAGACUGCAGCAGUGGUGGUGGCCUCUGGUUCCAUGCCCGGGGUCACCAUCGCCUUCAGGCCAAGGAACCACCCCAGUGGCAGGACCAGGAUCAGCCACACUUCACGCAGGAGGAGACUGAGCGGUCAGGAAGCCCAGUACCCGGGGCCCUCUGCACACACUCACAGCGGCGGGAGCGCCCCAGGAAGAGGAGGUCAGCGAGCCAGCGGGGGGAGAGUGACGGCGUGUGGGAGGACAGGGCGAGGCAAGGGUGUGAGCAGGCCUGGGCGCAGAGCUGGGAGGGGCCCGACCCGCAGGCCUCAGGUGUCUGGGAUCCUGAGUCGCUGGCAGCUUCAGCCAUGAAGGAAUAGGACCAGGUCUGCUGACUGCUGCUGGGAAGGUGAAAGGGAGGUGAGAACACCCACCAGGAGGCUGUUAGAGGAAGCCAGGCAAGUUAGCAGCAGAGAAGAAAAGACAAGGGGCCCGAUUAGCACCAAGAGAAGCCAGCAAGCAGAAGUCACAGGACUCGGGUCACUGGGCUUCUGGAAGGAGGGCCCAGAAAUGGCUCUCCAGCUUGAGCACAUGGGCAGAGGGCACCCCAGUUCCAAAGCUGGGCCACGCAGGAAGGGGGCAGGGGCGGGACGCAGGCGGAGCACCGUUUGGGACAUGUGGACUUCGAGCGGCUUGAAGACGCUGCUUGCCAUCUUGACCACGUUCGGUCUCUCUGAUUGAUGAACGUGGGAUGUUCAUUUAGGUCCUCUUUCAUUUCUUCCAGCAGUGUUUUGUCUUCAGCACUCAAAGUUUUACAUGUCUAAGUUGAUUCCUGGGUAUUUUAUUCUUUCUGAUGGUACUGUAAAUGAGGCUUUUUUAAAAGUUGAGAUAUAGUUGAUGUACAAUAUUACGAAAGUUACAGGUAUGCAACCUAGUGAUUCAUAAUUUUUAAAGGUCACCCUGCAUUUAUGGUUAUUAUUAAAAGGUUGGUUUUACUUCCUGUGUUGUGCGGUAUGUCCUUGUAGCUUAUUUAUUUUAUAUACAAUAGUUUCUGUUAGUCCCCUACCCUUUAAUUGCAUUUUCAGAUGGGUCAUUGCUCAGGUAAAGAAAAACAAAAUUUGUUUCUUGAUCUUGGAACCUGUAACUUUGUGGAACUUGUUUAUUCUUAUAUUUUUAAAGUGUAUUCCUUGGAAUUGUUUCACAUAUAAAAUCAUGUAAUCUGCAAGUACAGACAA